AUGGGUUACGGAAAACCGCAGAGUGCUGCUCACCUCUCAGUGUUUAUCGUGAAGCGGCAUAGGAAUCGUUUUGGUUUCUACGAGGUUUUUGAGAGCAGCGCAAUCUACGAAACUCUAUUUAUAAUGGCGGAAGAUGAGAAUGUACCAGUGGCUUCCGUCGAUGAAGAGCUAGCCGAGCGCCUUGGUGUCCCUCUUUUGGACUCUCGAGAGAACGCCUCCAACGACAAAGGUGCACCCCGCUCCCGUCUCGGCAAGCGCUCUCAAUCGAGCUCCCCAACGACGAACUCCCGUACCACUUCUUCAACCGCAACUACGGGAACAACUCCUGCUGAUGUCACGGGGAACUCACCUUGUGCCCUGAAGAGUAAGCGGGUAAAAGUGAAGGCCAACAUCUCGCGUUCCCGUGUCAUUCCCGAACUCUCCCCUUUCAUCCACCUCCUUCCCGACUUGACACGAAUUGAAUCGAAGGAUCAGCUGGAGUUGUAUCGUGUGAUCUACGAAAGUAGUGUCAGACUUUACACCUGUCUGCAAAACUACCUUACGCUAUGUGUGUUUGGCUCGUCAUCGCCACUCGAUUCCCUUACCCAAGUUGAAAGGGAAACUCGUUUAGGAGCUAAUAGAGAGGCCCCUUUUCAAUCGGAAAACUCAACUAUGCGUGAACGCAUGGACCAGGCUUUCGAAGCUCUUUGCGACGAGAUGCAAUCCCCUGAAAUAACAAUUCUUCCUGAAUUGACAGGACUAUCUCCAGAAGAGAUAGAAGAAACUCUGCGUGAAGAGGGGGUUCAGGUUACCACCGAAUCCUUGGUUCACGCGCUUAGUCUCUAUGCUGGCGCUGGGCUGCGUAAGCCGCCGACUCGUGCUGUUGAAGGCCUCAUGGCUGCCGCACAAGAUGCCCCUCCUCAAACCGAUCUAGACCACCGUGAUGCGAAUGAGGAUGAGGAUUCCACUAGAUGCAGUGGGAACUUGGACGGUCUCAUUCUGCUUGCUAGUGCAGCUGGACUAUCCGAUUUGCUUGCGAUGCUUGUACGUCUGCGAGGUUCAACCAAUUUUUCCACUGAACAGGACUGUACUCCUCUGAUGGAAGCAUGCGCUGCAGGCAGCGUCCGCAGUGUGAAAUGCCUUCUUGAACUUGGAGCUGACGUCAACGCCUACUCCAUCACUCAGAAUACGCCGUUGAUUUACGCAGCUGCAGCUGGACAGGAGAAGGUUGUUCGCAUGCUCAUAGACAACAAGUGUAAUCUAGAGCUGAGGAAUGAGAAUGGUCAUUGUGCUUUAAUGGAAGCUGCGAGCGCAGGACAUCUCAACAUUGUGAAACUCCUCGUUCAAUCAGGUGCCAAAGCCGUUUUUGUGAAUAUGAAUAGCGAGUUCAAGGAGUCUCCUUUGACGCUAGCUGCCUACAAAGGCUAUACGGACGUAAUAGAAUACCUUUUAUCUUUGGACGAUUACGACCGUUCGACGAGAGACGAAGAGCUCCAUACGGCCCUCAUGGAGGCUGCGAUGGAUGGACAUUUGGAGGUUGCGCGUGUUUUAAUCCAAGCUGGUGCACCUGUCAAUCUUACAAGCGAAUCGUAUGAGAGUCCUCUUACACUUUCUUGCUGUGGUGGUCAUGCGGAAUUGGCCAAACUAUUGAUCGAUGCUGGGGCCAACAUUGAGGAAACUAAUGAUGAGAACUACACUCCUUUGAUGGAAGCAGCCAGAGAGGGGCAUGUGCAUGUGGUCAAAAUACUGCUCGAAAAUGGUGCCCAAGUGAAUGCAACCACAGACGAAACAAUGGAAACUGCUCUUACAGUUGCAGCUUGUGGCGGAUUCACAGAAGUGUUAGAUGUUCUGGUAAAGCAUGGGGGAGAUUUGGAAUUAGGAACCAAUGCACCACUCAUGGAAGCUGCUCAGGAAGGACAUGCUUCAACAGUGAACUACAUUUUAGCUACUGUUAAACCUGAAAAUCGAUCCGUUAAAUUUCAACAACAGAUGAACCAGGCAUUGUCAUUAGCUGCCGAGAAUGGACAUUUUGAUGUCCUUGAUGUGCUGUUUUCGAACGGAGCAGAUUUGAAUUUUGAUUACGACGGUAGAACAGCCUUGAUGAAAGCAGCAAAAAAUGGUUUCACCGAAAUUGUCGAGUUUCUUGUGACGAAAGGAGUUGACGUCAACUAUCGGUCCUCCAACGGUGAUGCCACAGCGCUAUCACUAGCUUGCUCUGCUGGACAUAAAGACAUUGUGAAACAUUUGUUGAAAUGUGGAGCCGAUCCUAACAUCGAAUUAAAGGAUGGUGUAACAUGUGUGAUGGAAGCAGCUAGAAAUGGUUUUGUUAACAUUGUGGAAAUGAUGCUGGAUCAUAGCGGUGUAUUCCCUCAACCUCCUCGUGCUGUAGCCGGGCCUGUCACGGCUCAAGCUGACAAAAGUAGCCCACCAGUUCCACCUCCUCCGCCACCAACUCCCACAGCAUCGACGAAGCAGACGGUGACAGCAGUUCGCAGAGGGAAAAAACCUGCCAGUGCUGCUGCAGUGACGCCUUCCUUAACAACACCAUCCGGUAGCAUUCCACCGUUGUCUAAAACGACUAAUACGCUCCCUACGCCUCCUGAUCCAGCUACUUAUGGUUUCUCUGGUUUUCCUGCACCACAACCGGGUCACUAUGUUCCUUUACCUGCGGAUUUUUCUAACAGUUCGGCGUUAACUUGGUUUGCAUCGCUAUUCUCUGGUUUAGGUGAUGGAACCACCCCUUCUUUUCCCGCUACAUCAGGAAAUGGAUGUUCUGUGCCAAUUUCUUCAAAUCCUCCUUCCAUGACUCCGGCUGAGAUGAAAGCACGAGUAGAAGCAUUCGAAAUGCUGACAAAAACAUCACCUUUCCUUAUGCAGUAUCAACCGAAUAUGCCUCUAGUCAAUCCUUUCGAUCCGCAAGCCUCGUUGUCUGUAUCCAGCACAAAUCCCAAUCCACUCUCACUUGCUGAUGUCCCUGUGCCAAGCUUUCAAGAAAUGCUUAGUGGUCCAGAUGCGAAACAGAAUGUACAACAGUUAAGCGAAUACAUGCGAAAGCGGUUUGCUGCCCAAACUGCGAUGUACGACAAUCUCCCGCAACGGUUCGAUUCAACGGCUGCCACUGAAGGUUUAUCGAUUCCUCGUGCUACAAGCUUGCCUGCGCAGUCCAUAUCAGCUCCUAGUACUCCAGGAAGUGGUUCGGAUAAGUCAGCCUCAUCAGUGGGAAGGACUGUUUCUAAUCAGAUACUUCGUCGUGCCUUACCGGCGGUGGCGCAAUCAGUGGGCAUGAAUGCGGUUGGUUCGCAGGUUGCAACUCCACCAAUUGCUGCACCAGCACCUGGAUUGAUACCUACAGCUGCGCUAGUUCCGGCAAUCGCACCCCCAACUACUCCAACGUCAGGAUUCGCUAGUUUGCGCCGUGCCCAUAGCGAAGGAGAUGAUUUGGACAUUACGAGAGCAACUGCCAGUCAACGAGCUGCUUUUAAUGUUGAUAAGGCCACAGAGUCAAAUAACGACACACCAUUAACGUUGGCCUGUUCUAAUGGUCAUGCUCAAAUGGUGAAUGUUUUGGUCUGUCGAGGAGCCAACAUCGAACAUAGGGAUAAGAAGGGUUUCACUCCACUUAUCUUGGCCGCGACUGGUGGUCAUCGCGAUGUGGUUGAAUUACUCCUUAAUAAUGGCGCACAAAUCGAAGCUCAGUCGGAACGAACAAAAGAUACUGCGUUAUCUUUGGCUUGUUCUGGUGGUCGCAAGGAUGUAGUAGAGUUACUUCUGAGCCGUGGAGCCAAUAAGGAACAUCGCAAUGUUAGCGACUAUACUCCUUUAUCAUUGGCUGCUUCUGGUGGAUAUGUGGAAAUAGUGAACAUGCUUCUGAAUGCUGGUGCUGAGAUUAAUUCACGGACUGGAAGCAAGCUUGGAAUUUCCCCAUUGAUGUUAGCAGCAAUGAACGGACACAAAGAAGCCACUCGUGUUUUGCUCGAACAAGGUUCUGACAUCAACGCCCAAAUUGAAACAAAUAGGAACACAGCUUUGACCUUGGCUUGUUUCCAAGGUAGAACAGAAGUAGUUGCCUUGUUACUGCAAUAUAAUGCAAACGUUGAGCACCGAGCAAAGACAGGGCUAACUCCUCUCAUGGAAGCAGCGAAUGGCGGCUACGUCGAGGUGGGAGAAUUACUCCUCGAUGCAUGCGCAGAUCCAAACACCGCACCGGUACCCUCGAGUCGUGAUACUGCCCUCACUAUCGCAGCCGACAAAGGUCAUGAGCGAUUCGUUGAUAUGCUCGUUCAUCGUGGAGCACACAUCGACGCUAGGAACAAGAAGGGCUGCACUGCUCUAUGGUUGGCAUGUCAUGGUGGACAUUUGGAAACUGUGCAGACGUUGGUGAGACAUGGUGCUGACGUUGACCUGCAAGAUAACCGUAAAAUGUCUCCACUUAUGGUUGCUUUUCGUAAGGGCCACGUUAAGGUAGUACAACACAUGGUUCAACACGUUCGACAGUUUCCAGGAGAUCAAGAGCUCUCCCGAUAUCUUACAACUGUAACUGAGCCGGAUCUUAUACAAAACUGCAGAGAGUGCAUGGAACUCAUUGUGAAGGCAAAAAAUGCCCAAGCUGAAGAGGCGAACAGAGCUGCAGAAAGUCUUUUAGCUCUUCUAGCUGAAGAGGAGGAGGCUGCUCGAUCAAAGAAGCAAGCUAAACUGCGUAAAAAGGAGAAGAAGAAGGAGAAGAAAGCGAAAAAACAAGAUGGGAAUGAAAAAGAACGAAACGUAACGAUUCAAAGCGAAGCUGCAACUCGCGUGGAAGAGUGUCCUCCUGCCAGCCGUACUAAGGACGAAAGCGAGGACUACUCUGAUGACGAAUCGGAUUCUGUGGCAGCUAAAAAGGAGCGUUCAUCAGCGCCUCCGGAUUCUAUGACUCAUGAUCGUGUUCCCAAGAUGCGCGCUGUAGAGGAGCCACUCGUCAUCACAGUUACUCCUGAACGUCCGAAUGCGUCAUUGAACCGUCAGCAGAAAAGGUCUGCAAAUCGCCGCAGUCGCAACGAAAGCGGGAAAAGCACAAACGGUCAAGCAACAAUAUCUGUUUUCAAUAAUUCGGCUUCUUCAAAAGUUUCUGUCUCUCCUGUGUUGUUGCAGCCUUCUAAGGUUAAUGUUUCAUCGGACGAAUGGGUGAAAGCUAGCAAGAAAUCGAAGACGGCCAAUAGAACGAAAGCUCCAACCGCAAUCAUUUCCGCAGCUUGCAAAGACUUCUACUUAGACGAUAACUAUAGUGGCUGGAAAGACGUAGAGUUGUCUCGACGCCGCUCAACUACGCUCAGUGUUUGUAGCAGCGUUAUAGCACGAGUGAUAGGUCGAGGCGGUGCUAAUAUCAAUGCAAUACGUGAGGCCACUGGUGCAUCAAUUGAGGUUGAGAAGCAAUCAGCUGUUCGUCGUGACCAACAUGAUCGACAGAUUUGUAUUCGUGGAACACAAGAAACAGUGCGAAAUGCCACUCUUAUGAUCAAUGGUCUCAUCACGGACAACGAGAUCUCCGUAACGGACGUCAUAAGACAGGUUCUUCGUGGAAACGCAUCUUCAACUACCUCAGUUGACGGUGUAUCACGUUUGAGUAACUCGCACGACUCCAAAACGACGGUGGUUGUAACUACCACUGCCUCUUCGGCAGCUUCUGCUGCUUCAAAACCUGCAGCGAUGCCUCCUGUCACGACAAAUGUAUGGCAACAACGAAUGGCGGCACGCCAGCGUGAACAACAACAGCAGCAAGCGAUUACUGCCAACACUUCUGGUAAAGAAAAGGGAACAUCUGCGGUUCCUUUGUUGGGAGGCUCAUCUCUUUAUGGCACUGCUCUUGGAACCUCAAAAGUUCUCUCUGCUCCAAUCGGCUCAAGUUCAGCUACAUCCUCAGUUAAGACUGAUGGACAGCUGAUUUCUGCUCCCACUGUUCCUGUACCUAUCGGUCCACCGAGUUCUAUUACCUCGCUUGACAGGGAACUCCCUCGAAAAGCACCUGGCUACAGAUCGCCGAGUGUUCAGACCUCAUCUGUCCCAUCGUCCGUAUCUUCAUCGCCACCUCUUACUGUCACAUCAGCUGGAGCUAACUCUUCAUCUCGAUGUACAAUGGGAUCUCCACCUACUCCCAUUGCUCCGCCUCCAGGAUUUUCUGCACUUGCUUCGGAAGUUGGGAAAUCUCUCUCAGCCGACCAUCCACCAGCUGACAUUAUCCCCUCACCUUUGAACUCCGCACCUGCUGCUUCCCUUGGGAGUCUUCCCAGUGUCGAUUCCCUCACUACUCCUACAGGAGCUGGCAAUGAUCUCUCAUCUAUGCAAUUUUUGGAUGAGAACACACGAGCUAAGCUUGCUGAGAUCUGGGGAACGGGAAAACAGGAUCAGUCUUCGCAGGAACAAGCGUGGGGAAAUCAAGUGCUACUGAACAGUUUUCCAAAUCUUAGCAUUGGCAGUUCGUCUACCGAUUGGACAAGUGCACCUUCUGAGAGCUUAUUCAUGAGCUCGCCAUCAUCGAAAGUUGCGGCAAGUGUCCCUUCGAAUCCACAGAUCACCUCUACUUACCAGCCAUCUACAACAUUUGUGACCACAACGACUGGCAACGAUUGGGCUUUGACUUCCAAUAAGCAGCUUCCUUUGUAUGCUAGACCCCAGAUGCGUGUUCCCUCCGUUCACUCGCAUAGUCUGAGUAGCACAGUCUCAUCGUCAGUUUCUUCACGAACUUAUAAUUCGAGCACCAAUAAUCAACCUGAGAAUAACGUACUAUUCAACCAGUUGGCGGCCCAGUUAUUGAUCCAACAGCAGGGAUCUUCAUCAAAUCCGGUAGCAUCAGCGCAGUCCUACUAUCCUUCUCCAUCUUAUACCGAUCCGGCAAUAAUUGGGAUGGGUCAUUUGUCCACUUCUUCUGGUAACAGUGGAAAUCCCGCCUCCGUCGUACAACCAAUUAAGUCAGCAUAUACAAAUCCUUACCAAGGCGCCAGCAAUGAAUAUGAAUCGCUAAACACACUCUUGAAUAGCUCAUUUGGUCACCAUCAAAAUGGAGACUUCAACAUAUCUCAUCAGUCAUCGGCCUAUCCAUCAUCGCCAUCCGGUGGUCGUGCGUUGACAGCUUCUCGAAUUCAAGCGAGUACCGGCGCUUUCGCUCCUCCUCCUGGCUUCGGAGCUGUCGCAACCUCGCAAAGCACCGGGAUUGGCAGUGCCAACACGACGGUCCCUCCGCCUUCGCUUCGGCCUUACUACAAUACCCAAAUGCCACCUCCUGCUGGCCUUCCGCUCCAGCCAUCUCAACACGCCUCGUUCGCCAAUUUUAAUAGUCAACACAAUAAUUGGAUGUCAUCCACUCACGGGAAACAAACUGGCAGUUUGCAGCAGCAAAUGCCUUGGUGGAAUUAG